UCGUAGUGGCCGCCGCCGCCGCCCAGGACGCCCCUGAAACGACCACCGCUGCCGAGAACAAGACCGAGACGACCACCACCCGCCCCCCCCUCACCGGGAACCCCCAGAUCGACUACAAGUACGACCCCAACCUCCCCCACGAGCUCCUGGGCUACGACCUGAGCGACUACCCGUUCUACGCUCGCCUGCCCCCGGACCUGCUCGACCCCAAGUUCAACUUUUCGUGCGACAACCGCCACGAUGGGUUCUACGCCUCCGUGGCCGCAUAAGUGCCAGGUGUACCACAAUUGUCUCUUCGGGCAGCGCUACGACUUCCUGUGCGCUAAUUACACGGUGUUCGACCAGAAGAACUUCAUUUGCCAUUAUGUGAGUGAAGUGGACUGCGUCAACUCGGCGAAACAUUAUGACAGGAACGACGAGCUCUACGAGACGACGACCACGACGACCACCACGCCGCCGCCGCCGCAGAUCAUCUACGUGGAGCGCCCCCGCCCGCUGGCCAACCGCCUGCGCCCCAACAUGAACCGCCCGCAGCGCCCCACUGGCCCUCGCCCCGGCAAGCGCCCAAAGCCGCCCACACCACCACGCCCGCGCCCGAGUACGACUACGACUACUACUACGACCAGUACUAUGAUCAGUACUAUGACGACUACUACAACGACUACGCCAACGAGAGGACGACCACCACCACCACCACCACGACCCAGAGGCCGCGUCGUCCCCUCCGGCCGCAGAGGACCCGCCUGGGCAACCGCAACAACGUGGAGGAGCGGUCGCGCCCCUCGGGACGCUUCGGGGGCGUGUUCAACGUGAGGGACCGCAAGCGCGCCCCAUCAA